AUGGGCAAACGAAGUACUGGCUUCAGCGGACUUUCGCGCUUUUUGCAGGCGGAAAAAAUAACUCCUGACAUUCCAGUCGAUGUGCGAAACGGCACAAAACGAUCUCUCAACUCUUCUGCAGAGUCUCAAUCCUCGAAAAAGAAGAGAAAGUCUGAUGGUGAAAGUACCGAAGAUAUGGAAACCUCGAGGACAAAAUUAGUGCAAAAAUAUGAUAUGAGUGGAUCGAUUCCAGUUUUUGAAACAAUGCAGGAGGUGCCAGAUAAUUUGAAGAAGUAUUACGCUCAACGGGAACGAUUCUUUUCGCUAUACUCUACGCCUCCGGGUUGUUUACUCGAUGAAGAAGGAUGGUAUAGCGUCACUCCAGAACGAAUCGCAAAUCAAAUAGCAGAGCGUUGUCGAUGUGAUACGAUUUUGGAUGCAUUCUGUGGUGUCGGCGGUAAUGCCAUUGCCUUCGCAAAAACCUGCCAGCGUGUGAUUGCCCUAGAUAUUUCACCCACCCGUCUUGCCCUAGCAAGACAUAAUGCACAGAUAUACGGGGUCGCUCAGCAUAUUGAAUUCAUACUCGCUGACUACAUUUCAUUUGCCGAGAUGUAUUUAUCUUCUCCCAAAGCAGCAGCCUCUCGAAAAAUAGAUGUCGUCUUUCUCAGUCCUCCUUGGGGUGGUCCUUCAUACUUGUCAGGAUCAGGCUCGCCUUCUGAUUCAAACUCAUCCCCGAAUGAAAAUAUGCCAGCGCCUUUCGCUCUAUCAGAUAUUCAACCUAUUCAUGGUGUUGACCUCUUCAAGCUUUCUAACCGUAUUACCCCCAAUAUCGCAUACUACCUCCCGCGUAACACAGACCUGGACGAGGUUUCAGCUUUAGUCAAGAACGAUAACUCGAAAGAUGAUAUCCAAGAGUUCAUUGAGGUCGAGGAGGAAUGGAUGGGGCGAAAGCUCAAAGCCUUGACUUGUUAUUUCGGCGGGCUAACAGCUGGACAGUCGGAGUUGUUUUGA